CGGAAGCGGAGAGCAGAGCGGCGGUUACCACGGAGAGGGAGCUGAAGUCUCUGUCCGCUGCGGUCAACCUCUGAAGACUCAUGUUGUCUAAGGAAAAAGCCCGGAAGAGGAGGAAGAAGAAAGAAAAGGAGUCAGGAAUAGCUCUUUCUCAGGAACCGUUGACAUUCAACGAUGUGGCCAUCGAAUUCUCUGAGGAGGAGUGGGAAUGCCUGUACCCUGCUCAGAGGGCCUUGUACAGGGAUGUGAUGGUGGAGACCUACAGGAACCUGAUCUCCCUGGAUAUCUCUCAUAUACAUGUGAUGAAGAAAUUACAACGUAAAAUGCACAGUGAUGUGGGAGAAGUGUUCCACACAGUGAUGUUGGAAACACAUGAAAGGCUUGAAAUAAAAGAUUUUUACUUCAAGGAAAUCCGGGAAAACACGCCUGACUUUGAGUGUCAGAGGAGAGGUGAUGAAAGAAAUGACAAAGGAAUACCUGUACCCUGUAAAGAAAAUCUCACUUAUGAAAGAAAUCAACCUGGGAAAAGGGAUGCAGGAAACAAGCUUGUUGAAAAUAGGCUUGGAUCAAGUUUUCAAGAUAAACUGCUGACAUAUCAGACUGAAGGGAAAACUUAUGAAUGUUAUCAAGCUGUGCAGUCUAUCAACAGUAGAGGCUCAUUUCCACCACUUGAAAGAAUUCCUUCUAGUGUCCAGGCCAACAUUUCUAAUACAUGUGGGAAUGAUCUUACCCAUCCUUCAGUAGUGUCACAGGACCAGAAAGCGUACAAGGGAAAACCUUACAAAUGUGAUGAGUUUGGCGAAACGUUUCAUCAGGGCUCCUUCCUCACUAGAAAUCAGAUAAUCCGUUCAGGAGAGAAAUCAUACAAAUGUGGUGUAUGUGGCAAAGUCUUCAGUCGAAGUUCAUAUCUUGCAAGUCAUCGGAGAGUUCAUACUGGAGAGAAACCUUACAAAUGUAAUGAGUGUGGCAAGCUCUUUAAUCAAAAAGGAAACCUUCUAAGUCAUCAGCGAAUUCAUAGUGGAGAGAAACCUUAUAAAUGUAAUGAGUGUGGCAAAAGCUUUACUCUUCGCCCAAACCUCCUUAGGCAUCAGAAGAUUCAUACAAGAAAGAAAUUACAUAAAUGUGAUGUAUGUGGCGAAGUCUUUAGUCAAAAUUCACGCUUUGCAAGUCAUCAGAGACUUCAUACUGGAGAGAAACCUUACAAAUGCAAUGAGUGUGGCAAGGCCUUUAGUCAGAAUUCACAUCUUACAAGACAUCAGCGAAUUCAUAGUGGAGAGAAACCUUACAAAUGUAAUGACUGUGGCAAAACCUUUAAUUUUCGUGCAAACCUCCUUAGACAUCAGAAAAUUCAUAUAAGGAAGAAAUUAUAUAAAUGCGAUGUAUGUGGCAGAGUCUUUAUUCGACAUUCAUGCUUUUUAAGUCAUCAGAGACUUCAUACUGGAGAGAAACCUUACAAAUGCAGUGAGUGUGGCAAGGUCUUUAGUCAGAAUUCACAUCUUACACGACAUCAGACAAUUCAUAGUGGAGAGAAACCUUACAAAUGUAGUGAAUGUGGUAAAGCUUUUAGCCAAAAUUCAAGCCUGGCUGACCAUCAGAAAAGUCAUUUUAGAGAGAAACCAUACAAGUGUGAUGAAUGUGGCAAGGCCUUUAAGCAAUGGUAUUACAUCAAGAUUCACCAAAGAAUUCACACUGGCGAGAAACCAUACAAAUGUGAUGUGUGUGGCAAAGCCUUUAUUGCUCUCUCAAGCCUAACUAACCAUCAUGUAAUCCACACCGGAGAGAGACCUUACCAAUGUAAGGAGUGUGGGAAGGCAUUUAGGCAACAGUCUGAAAUCAGGAUUCAUCAAAGAAUUCAUGAUGCAGAGAACCCUUUUAGGUGUAAUGAUUGUGGCAAAGCCUUUACUCAGCGUUCAGCUUUCACUACACAUCAAAUCAUCCAUAAAAGAGAGAAACCAUAUAAGUGCGAGGUAUGUGGAAAGGUCUUCAAUCAAAAAUCACACUUUAAAAUCCACCAGAGAAUUCAUUCUGGGGAGAAACCAUACAAGUGUCAUGAGUGUGGCAAAGCCUUUAUCGUGCGUUCAAGCCUCACUUCCCAUCUGAUACUCCAUACAGGAGAGACACCACACAAAUGUGACGUUUGUGGCAAGGGCUUCAGUCAGAAUUCACACCUCGUGAAUCACCGUAGAAUUCAUACUGGAGAGAAACCUUACAAAUGUAGCGUGUGUAACAAAACAUUUAGCGUGCGAUCAGGCUUAACUUCCCAUCAAGUAAUACAUACAGGAGAGAAACCACAUAAAUGUGAUGUAUGUGGCAAGGGCUUCAGACAAACUUAUCACCUAGCGAAUCAUAAGAGAAUUCAUACAGGAGAAAAACCUUUCAAAUGUAAUGAAUGUGGCAAAACAUUUAGCGUGAGAUCAACCUUAACGUCCCAUCAGAUAAUUCAUACAGGAGUGAAACCACAUAAAUGUGAUGUAUGUGGCAAGGGCUUCAGACAAAGUUCACAACUCGUGACUCACCGUAGAAUUCAUACUGGAGAGAGACCUUACAAAUGUCACAGGUGUAACAGAGCAUUUAGUAUGCGAUCCACUUUAACUUCCCAUCAGGUAAUCCACACAGGAGAGAAACCAUUUAAAUGUGAAAUAUGUGCAAAAUUCUUCAGUUAUAGGUCUCACCUUGUGUAUCAUCGGAGAAUUCACGCUGGAGAGAAACCUUACAAAUGAUUUCAUUGUGGCAAAGCCUUCAUUUUGGAUUCAAGCCUAUCUUACCAUCAGGGAAUUCACACUGUGAGAGAUAUUGCACAGUUAAUGACUGUGGCAAAGCUUUUAGAAGGUGUUCACUG